CGGCCGUGAAUCUCCUCUGAGCGGCUCUGACAGCUCAGACUUUGAGGAGGAAGAGGAGGAAGAGGAGGCGGAGUGUCGAUGCAGUGGCUCCUCAGUCAGUCAGUGAACAGUCGGACAUCAUCAGUGCCGGAACCAGCGGACGGUAACGGAAAGUGAGGUGAUGAAGAUGAUGAUGAUGCGUCUUCAGCUCGGCGGUAACUUGACUUCUCGUGGAGGAUGGGCAGUCAGUGAUAAACUAGCUUCUGGUGGACAGGAGGUCUGAGGUCAGGUAAGGGAUCAUGGGAGAUGGAGGCCCUCUGCAGACCGAGGGGAAUGCCCUCCUCAAAGCGGUCUUCCAGGGAAAACUGAGGCUGACCCGCCUGCUGCUGGAGGGUGGAGCUUAUAUCAACGAGGGCAAUGAGCGUGGAGAGACUCCCAUCUCUGCUGCCUGCAUAGCGAGCUAUGAUGACCCACAGACCAGGCAGAGGAUGGUCCGGUACCUGCUGGAGAAAGGUGCUGAUCCAAACAUCCCCGACAAGAGCGGGAGGACAGCGCUGAUGCACGCCUGUGCCGAACUGGCAGGGAAGGAGGUGGUGUCGCUCCUGCUGGAGAACGGAGCAGACCCGAGCCUGAAAGACUACUCUGGCUCCUCGGCCCUUGUCCACGCCAUCAACAAGGGAGACCGGGACACUCUGCAGGUGCUGCUGGAUGCCUGUAAGGCCAAAGGCAAGGAGGUGAUCAUCAUCACCACUGACACGUCUCCGUCAGGCACAAAGAAGACCAAGCAGUACCUCAACUCCCCCCCCUCGCCAGGCAUCGUGGACAAACUGUCUCCAGCCUGCAUGUCUCCAUCUGAGGUGGAGAUCGGCACCUCCUCGCCGGCAGGAGACCACAGCAAAGAUGAGGAGGGGAUCUUCAGCUUCGCGCUCACCUCGGCUUUACCUUUACCCUCAGCUCGACAUCCAGGAGAAAAGAGACCUCCGCCACGUAAGCUGCUGAAAAGGCUGAACUCGGAGCCCUGGGGCCUGGUGGCGCCCUCGGUGCUGAGUGGGGUCCAUCAGGAGCGGGUAGACGGAGGUCUGGUGGAGGAGGGCAGCUGUGACCUGAACAGGACGAUCACUGAGCUUAACGGCCUGUCCAUCACAGAGCCGGUUAGGCCUCUGUUGUCACGGCGACAUAGCAUCGAGACCCAUGACCCCAGUUCCCCGAAACUCAUUGACCGGUCCUGCUCUGAGGACUGUGCAGCUGUCUCCGGAUCCUCCUGGGCGGACAAAGUCCAGCAACACCAGAUCCUGUAUCGCAGGAACACAGCCCCGGAGUCCCAGGAGAACAUCGGGGGACCUGGGGCACUCGCAGCCCGGGCCCUGGCUCAUCCCAAACUAACUCGCAUGGAGCACUAUGAGUCAGACACCCACCUCUCUCCCGAGUCCAUCCCCGGGUCUCCAGACUCUGGUCGGGUGUCUGUGGAGAGGAGGAGGUACAAUGCCUCACCCCUGUCCCUGGUCACCAGCUCGUCCAGGGAGUCUCUGGAGAAUAUCCCCAACUCGGUGUCCCCCAUUACCAUGCGGAGGCGUCCCCCUGGUCUACUUGAGCGCCGGGGCUCGGGCACCCUUCUGCUUGACCACAUCUCCCACACCAGGCCCGGCUUCCUGCCUCCGCUCAACAUCAACCCCCAGAGACCCAUCCCCGACAUACGGGCCAAUGGCAAGUCCACCUCCCCCAUCCACUCGGGACACAAGAUCCUAGUCCCGGUGGCCCCGGCCUCGCCGAAACGCGGCCCUGACUUUAAGAUGAAAAAGAAGCUGAUGAGGAGGCAUUCAAUGCAGACGGAGCAGAUGAAGCAGCUCUCCACCUUCCAGGAGAUCCUGGCCGAGAAGGUAAUCGAGUCCAAUGGGGAUUGAUGACUGGACACAUCAGAGCAAAGCAUGAUGGGUAGCUGCAGACUUCUAAGGAGGUGAAUUACUGGACUGAAGAACUGAUGAACAGUGAUGUUUAUAGAGGGCUGCACUGACAGAAGCUUUAUUAAAGUGAGAUAAGGUUCAAACAUGCGUCAACUUUAUAAAACCAGGUUCAGAUUUAAACUGUAACUUCUGGUUCUCGGAUUUGUGUCAGUUCAUCAACAUCAAUGUAAGAAACUAAACAGAAGCAGAAGUGCUGCUUUAAUGAUGUUUCAUCAUCAUUGAACAUUCACAACAAGAUGAAAACCUUUAGAGAACCAACCAUCUUAGCUCCUCUCUGGCUGGCUGACGACGUCUACAGUGACUCACCUUAUCAAGUCACCAGGUUUUAUAUGUCACCUGCUUCAGCCUGCCAAUCAGCUCUUAGCAAAGUCAGUUGGUCACCCCCUUUAAACUUUAAAUAUUUACUGUUUUAGCUCUCUGGCUCAUAGCAGAGCCGACGGGUUCAGUGACACCUGAUGGGAUGUGAUAACUGUUUCCAGGUGUGUGUGUUAAAAUCUCAGGUGUUGCCAUGGAAACAGACUUACUGCUUGUGAAAAACUCCAGUUUUUGAUCCCAAAACACAUGAAAAUUUAAAUUUGAAUUUUUUGGAUUGACAGUGUUCCAAGUCCAUAAUCAACCGUUUGCAUCUACAAAAAAAACCCCCAAAAAUGGCAGGAACAACAGAAGUAGAGCUGUUGCUAUGGAGACACCAUCUCGGGUCGUCACACAGGUUUUCAGAAUGCUGCAGACCAGAACAACAGAACUCGUCUCAUGGUGAAUCUUUGGUCUGAGGAGGUCCACAGUCGUCUCCGUCACAGCUGAGUCAAGUUUGAAUCAACUCUGACUGUAAAACUCCAGAGUGACCAACUGAUGUCGUUCACAUGAAGAUAUUUUCUCUUCAGGAGGUUUUAAAUGCAGCACUUAUGUUUCUGUUCCUUGUGAUGUUUGAAUGAACCUUCUCAUCACUGGCCCUCGGUCGGAGGUGUGUUUGGUGUGCAGCUCUCUGAAGGUCACAUCUGGUUCCCGAUGCUUCCUCUGAACCAUCCAUCGUUCUCGCUGCAUCACAAACUCAUGAAACUUUAAACUGAAAUAAUUUAACUCAUUUGAUGUUUACAGACGCACAAUUUGCACUGAGGUCGUGUCUCAUGUUGACGGAUGAAAACAUGAAGCUUCUGCUGCAGCUGAACUGAGAUCAGACGACUGAUGUCUUCUCAUUAACAAAGCAACGUGUUUAUCAUUUGAAUCAUUUAUAAUCUGCUGUUCUGACUGAAGACGUGUGAAACUACCUACUGCGCUGUAUGUACUGUAAUUAUCUACACAAUAGUCAAUAUAAUAGCUGGUAUUUAUGUGUAAAUGAUCCUCUGAAGCAUUUCUGUAUUGAUCUCAAUGUCACAGCUCAGUUCUGAUCUCAUUUGUAUGACAAGAAGUUAAAUCAAAUGUACUUUUCUUGUUAAUGAAAUUCCAAAGAAGUUAUGUGGACAAUAUGAACCAAAACUGCUAAGACUGUAAAUAUUGUAAAGAGUCGGUAACGUCUGGUUCAACAUAAGGCGGCGCUGAAGGGCAGUUGAAGGAACAGUCCUAUAUUUUCUGUGUCCUCUUCAGGUGAACAUGGAUUCAUCUGUGCGUCCAGUUAUAGGACACAGCUAGCCUAGCUUAGAAUAGACACAUAAUGAAGGGUAACCAUAAUUUAAAAUAUGUUUAUAGAGUAUGACACAGUGAUGACUCACAGGGCUAGUUAGCUGAACAGCUAAGUGCUAAUAUGCUAGCACCAGUCAGUCACAAUAUCUCUGUUUUCUCUUCCUGACACUUGAUCAUCGUUUCAUUUAAUAAAGUUCCUAAAGAUGGAAAAUGAAGCAAAUGCAACAACAGUUAAACUGAACGUUAGCUAACAAGUUGCGUUAGCAUCUUCCAUUCUGGACUCAGCUUGGUCAGCACACUGAAUGUAUUGAUUAACGUGAUCAAUCAGAAUUUUUUAAUUAGCUGAUCUUUUUUUUUUCAAAGGAACUGCUUCUGAAAUGUCACAUUUCUACUGCACAGAUCGAAGCUGCAGCAUUUCAUUCUCUUUCUGGGGAGCUAAGCUAACUGCUAGCUACAUGGUAUGUGCUAAGAUCUAUCAACAUGUAUCUUAAAGUAAAAGCAGUCUGUAGCUAGCUGCAGACUGAAGAAGUCAUGUUUAUAGUAAAAUUCCAAACUAUUUGCUCUACGUUUUGUUUCUGCUCAGAGUUUUUCUCAUCAAAUCCUUCUGACGAUGACUCACAUACCUCGACCGCUGUAGAGAUUCAGGGAACUUCUACUGCCUCAUGUGUGCUAACUGCACAACACACUGACUGGUUUACAUGAAGCACAAUCAAUUAAAGUUUCCAGUUUCUCUAAAAAAACAUCAUAAAAAUAACUGAAUUCUACUUUAAAACUGAACCUGAGCUGUCGGUGCUGCUCACCAGAAAAAAAAAACACUACGGAUAGUUUUUUCCAGCAGGAGUGAGGCUAACAGUUUGCCCCUGCUUCCAGUCUUUGUGCUAAGCUAGGUUAACCCUGGACACAGAGAUGAAGUUAAAGGAAUGUGUCUUUAUAACGUUUUGUUGAGAUUCAUUUUGUUGAUACAGUUUGAUUUAAAUAUUUUCUGAUGAUGCUGUCGUCAGAACGAAGGUUAAGUUUCAAGAUUUUUCAGAAUUUUAAUGUUGAAUGUUAUUCUGAUUCUGGGCUGAUGAAGGUCAGAGAAAAAAGCAGUCUAGCUCCAAACUGCUGACAGUUCAUCAGGUGAGUCUACAGGUGAGACUGAUACAUGGUUAGCAGACCGGAGCUCAACUCCUGGACUGGCUUAGACUGGUUUGGUUCUGAGUGGUUUGUGUGAUGGACCUUGUUGUUGUACGUAGAUACUUGAAGUUUAAACUAAAUAAGAGUAUUUUUGUACUUCCUGUCAGCAGAUUGAAACGUCUCUGAUAACUCUGUGAUCUAUUUUUCUUCUUUCAGUCUGAUUGUAACUCAAACUGUGGAAUAAAAACAUGUCUCAUGUUCAACUCUCAAA